GUCAUCUCUUGUCACACGAUACAUCAUGAUGCAGUUUGUUGUGUAUGUCACUAUGGUCGGAUGCGAGGAUAGCGAUAAGUUAAUUUAAAAUCGUCUAAAUUAGCAAUUCGAACCAGCGAAGUUGGUUAUCGCAUUUCUGUGCUUCAUGGUAUGUUUCAUCAAAUAAAUGUAUAUUAGGAGUUACGUUUAUUUGGAAAGCAGAUACGCGUAGGGAGACUAUACACAAUUUUAUAGAGUAUAUGAUAACGUACACACAUCGAUUGAGAAAAUGAAGCAACAGAUAAUUGAUUCCAAAGCAAAUCCUAAUGCAACUGGGGAAGCCGACGAGUGUCUCUUUGAGUACUUGCAUGCCGAAUUGGUCAAUUAUGUUCUGACCAAAUCGUCCAACACUGCAGAAGGCGAGGAGGAACUAUCUCGAUUAGAAUGGAUGGGAUUCAGCGUUGGAUAUCGGAUUAUUGAACGAUUAACAAGAGAAUGGAGCAGAUUUAAGGAUGAAUUGGACAUGAUCAAGUUUAUCUGCACGGAUUUUUGGUCCAGCUUGUAUCACAAGCAGAUUGACAAUUUGAGGACCAAUCAUCAUGGAGUAUACGUGUUGCAAGACAAUGCUUUUAGGUUAUUAGAUAAAGUCGGCACAAGCAAUAGCAAGCAGUAUCUCAAGGAAAGCCCUCGUUUACUAGCUUUCACGUGCGGUCUUCUCAGAGGAAGUUUAGCUAAUCUUGGUAUUAUUAGUACCGUUACUGCAGAGACUACUACAUUACCAAGUUGCAAAUUUCAUGUUCAAGUUCAGAGGAUUUAAUAUUUAUGUUGAAUUUUAUUAUAACUUGAAGUGUAUAAAGGGAGAUACAAAAAUAUAUUAA